ACAGCAGGACGUCUUUUCCAAUCCUUUGCUUCGUCCGGCUUCAGCCAAAACGGCUCGAAAAACACGCAUUGCCUGAAACAUCAUCUCGCGCAGCAUGCAGUCCCCGAUGUCGCCUGUGUCCGUGCCAAGCACGCAGAGCAAGGACCUGGAGGAUGUGAAGCUUCCUCACGAAGAACUCCGUAGUGAUGCCUCGACGUCUGAGCCGGACUCCGAGCCGACCACUGUGGUGCCCAGAAGUGUCAACUGGCACUACACCCGGAAGUGCAACUACUCCUGCAAGUUCUGCUUCCACACGGCGAAGAGCAGUUUCUUCCUGCCUGAGACCGAAGAGGGAAUGAUGGAGUCAAAGGAGUGCCUCCGGCGCCUCAAAAUGGCAGGCAUGGAAAAACUAAACUUCAGUGGCGGGGAACCCUUCCUGCACGACAAGGCACUGGGAGAACUCUGCCGCUUUUGCAAGGUGGAGUUGGAGCUCCCGAGCGUCAGCAUCGUGUCCAACGGAAGCCUCAUCAAGGAGAGCUGGAUGAAGCGCUUUGGAAGCUUCGUGGACAUCUUGGCGAUCUCCUGCGACUCCUUUGUGGAAGAGACCAAUGUACGUGUAGGUCGUGGUCGUGGGGAACACUUGCGGAAGCUCGAGGAGAUCAAGAAGUGGUGCGUCGAGUACAAGGUGGACUUCAAAAUCAACAGUGUCAUCAACGCUCUCAACGUUGAUGAGGACAUGUCCGAGCACAUCGAACGUUUGCAGCCCAAGCGUUGGAAGGUUUUCCAAUGCUUGCUGAUCGAGGGCGAGAACGCAGGGGAAGAGGCGAUUCGCGACGCUCGAUCACUGACGAUCUCUGAUGAACAGUUCCAGUCCUUUCUGGAACGUCACAAAGCAGUGUCCGUGUUGGUCCCAGAGAGUAAUGAUGCCAUGAUGAACUCGUACCUGAUCUUGGAUGAGAAGCUUUGCUUCCUGAAUUGUACUUCGGGUGGGAAGAAGCCAAGUGCUUCCAUCCGCGAUGUGGAGGUGGAGGUGGCCUUGCGUCAGGCCGGCUUCGAUGCGGAGAUGUUCGUGAAGCGCGGAGGGGUCUAUGAUUGGACCAAGCAAAGAGACAUCGAGGAUCUGGGCGAGGACAUGAUGGAUGUGAAGACACAGACGGCGGGAACCUUGGUGAAGAAGAUGUACAAGGGCCCCCGCGGCGUGCUAGGGGAUCGCGAAAGCCGCGAUGAAUGUAGCUGGAUGCUUGCAGGCGCAGUUGCAUGUGGGGCCCUGAGCCUUUGCCUACUUGCCAUCCUCCGAACGAGAUGAGAAAGAGCUGGCGGAAGAUCAGGGAAGAUGAGAGGAUUUCCUGAUGUGGUGAAAGACGAAGAUGUACAUAGCCAUUCACAGCCAUAACUGUUGAAUGCUGUCGAUUUGAUCUGAAGAUUUCAGCAAUGGAGCCUUUGGAUCAAGUCGAAUACAUGUGCAGGGUGGUGUUGAGACCUGUGUGACUGCUCAGGCGGGGUCUCUGGCUGAGCACACUCUGUUCGAUUUGUUCGAUU